AUGGUCGGUACACCCGUCAGCACCCGGGAUCGCCUUUGUCACCAGCACGUCCCGCUGGUCUCGCCUCCGGACGAGGACAUAGUCCAGCAGGUGCCACUGUCACAACCGAGGGUGAAUCCAGAUGACCUUUCGCAUCGGCAGGCAGAAGUAGGUGUUGGUCAGGGUGAGCCGGUGGUCUACGCGGGUUCGACGGCUGAUGCUGGUGGCGAAUUUGUCUCCCCCGAGAGGCGGGCGGAGGCUCAUAUGGCGAUCGUUAGUGCCCUGCGACAGACAGGGCAGUCGUCCCACGAUGUCAGUCCAGAUGGCAAAGGCGACGCCCGCGUACCGUCGCUCUGCCUUGGGCCGACCGUUCCAGAAGAAGGUAUGGCCGACACCCACCUCCUCCAGUUGGCCCUGUUCGGAGAACCGGGUCUCGCUGAGUGCUGCGACGUCCGCCUUGUAGCGCGCCAGUUCCCGAGCCACUAG